AUGAAUGGGACGGAGGGCCCAAACUUCUACGUGCCUUUCUCCAACAAGACGGGCGUGGUGCGCAGCCCCUUUGAGUAUCCGCAGUACUACCUGGCUGAGCCAUGGCAGUUCUCCAUGCUGGCUGCCUACAUGUUCAUGCUGAUUGUGCUUGGCUUCCCCAUCAACUUCCUCACGCUCUACGUCACGGUCCAGCACAAGAAGCUGCGCACACCCCUCAACUACAUCCUUCUCAACCUGGCAGUGGCUGACCUCUUCAUGGUCUUCGGAGGCUUCACCACCACCCUCUACACCUCUCUGCAUGGAUACUUUGUCUUCGGACCCACAGGAUGCAACUUGGAGGGAUUCUUUGCCACCCUGGGCGGUGAAAUCGCCCUGUGGUCCUUGGUGGUCCUGGCCAUUGAACGGUACGUGGUGGUGUGUAAGCCUAUGAGCAACUUCCGCUUCGGGGAGAACCACGCCAUCAUGGGCCUGGCCCUCACCUGGGUCAUGGCUCUGGCCUGCGCUGCGCCCCCUCUCGUCGGCUGGUCCAGGUACAUCCCAGAGGGCCUGCAGUGCUCGUGCGGGAUUGACUACUACACACUCAAGCCGGAGGUCAACAAUGAGUCCUUCGUCAUCUACAUGUUCGUGGUCCACUUCUCCAUCCCCUUGGUCAUCAUCUUCUUCUGCUAUGGGCAGCUGGUCUUCACAGUCAAGGAGGCUGCCGCCCAGCAGCAGGAGUCAGCCACCACACAGAAGGCCGAGAAGGAGGUCACUCGCAUGGUCAUCAUCAUGGUCGUGGCUUUCCUGAUCUGCUGGCUGCCCUACGCCAGUGUGGCAUUCUACAUCUUCACCCACCAGGGCUCCGACUUUGGCCCCAUCUUCAUGACCAUCCCAGCCUUCUUUGCCAAGAGCGCCUCCAUCUACAACCCCGUCAUCUAUAUCAUGAUGAACAAGCAGUUCCGGAACUGCAUGCUCACCACGCUCUGCUGUGGCAAGAACCCACUGGGUGAUGACGAGGCCUCCACCACCACUUCCAAGACAGAGACCAGCCAGGUGGCACCAGCCUAAGCCCCGCCAAGGACUCUGCGGCUCUGCGGCUCUGUAGGAGUCUCCCCACCCCUGCCCAUCCCAGCCACAGCCACCCCACCAGGAGCCGCACCUGUCAGAACCA